GGUUACAGACCUCCGCCGCCUCACUCUCCGCAGACCAGCAACUCUACGACGCGUUCCUCCCACUCGGUCUCAGAUUCAUCUCCCUUGGCCCCUGGGCAAGGAGCCGAGGGGCAGCAUGGCCAAGGCGGCAACCUCUUCGCCGCUGGAAGACUUGGAUCUGAGCGGAGAGGAGGUCCAGCAGCUCACCUCCGCCUUCCAGGACCCGGAGUUCCGGCGAAUGUUCUCCGAGUACGCCGAGGAGCUUACGGACCCCGAGAACCGGCGGCGCUACGAGGAGGAAAUCACGGCCCUGGAGCGUGAGCGCGGGGUGGAGGUGCGGUUCGUGCACCCGGAACCGGGCCACGUGUUGCGCACCAGCCUGGAUGGGACCCGGCGCUGCUUCGUGAACGUGUGCAGCAACGCGCUGGUGUGCGCGCCCAGCAGCCGGCCCGGCUCCAGGGCCGCGGCAUCCGGCAGCCAGUGGUCUCUGCCCUACAGCCUGGCGCCGGGCCGCGAGUACGCUGGGGGCCGCGGAAGGCGCUACACCGUCUACGACGUCGUCUUCCACCCAGACGCUCUUGCGCUGGCCCGACGCCAUGAGCGCUUCCGCCAGAUGCUGGACGCCACGGCCCUGGAGGCCGUGGAGAAGCAGUUCGGCGUGAAGUUGGACCGCAGGAAUGCCAAGACCCUGAAGGUCAAGUACAAGGGGACCCCGGAGGCCGCCGUGCUACGCACGCCCCUGCCCGGGGGCUCCCCGGCCCGGCCCGAGGGGGAGCCGGAGAGCCCUCUCCCCGAUUUCCCCUACCCCUAUCGGUACCCGGAGGCCGCCGGGAGCGCUGCGAUCCCCAGGCCCCAGGCGCCCUCCCAUCCGGAGGCCGUCCUGCAGCCCGCCCCCACUGAGCCUAGCUACAGCGUGGUGCAGCGCCACCACGUGGACCUCCAGGAUUACCGCUGCUCUCGGGACUCGGCCCCCAGUACUGUGCCCCAGGAGCUCGUGGUCACCAUCGAGCUGCCGCUGCUGCGCUCGGCCGAGCAGGCGGCGCUGGAGGUGACGGGAAAGCUGCUGUGCCUCGACUCGAGGAAACCCGACUACCGGCUGCGGCUCUCGCUCCCGUACCCGGUGGAUGACAGCUGCGGCAAGGCGCAAUUCAACAAGGCCCGGCGGCAGCUGGUGGUCACGCUACCUGUGGCGCUGACCGCCACGCACCCGGAGCCCGCCGCGACCCCGGAAGAGGCCGCCGACCGGCCCGGAAUUGACUGCGCGCCCUGCGCUUCCGCUCACCAGGGGCAGGCGGGCCCGGCGGGGGUUGGUGGGGCGGACGAAGGCUCGGAUCCCAACCGAGGCUGGACUGCAGACGCCGGGAUCACCACCCCGGACGCCGCCGGGGAGGAGCACGUCUCAGCACCCGAAGAGCGGGAUUUCAGCGGGCAAGAGAGAUCAACAACAGGCAUCCGGGAGGAGCCGGCUCCCGGAGCUGGGAACUCACCUGGGAACGGUGGCGGAGGCGCUCCUAGUACUUCAUCCGGGGACCUUGACAGGGGGUCUUCUGCAGGAAAAGUGAGUGCGCGCCGAACUCUCGGCGUGGAGGCGCUGGAGGCCCGCAGGGAGCCAGCUGAUCGAGCCAUGAGUGGUCCCGGCACCGACCGCGGGGAACCUCUGUGCCCGCCUUUGCAGUGUAAUCAGGAUGAAGAAUCCCUGACUCUGCUCAUUCAAGUGCCUUGGAUCCAGCCUAAAAGUCUUCAAGGGGAAGUGACCCCCCUCUGGUACAAAUUGUCCUUCUCCACCCAAGACUUAGUUUAUUAUUCCUUCGUUUUGCAAUUUACUCCAGAGAAUAAGUUGAAUACCAAAGAACCAGUGGUUAGCAUUUCUUCAAACAAUGCAGUGAUAGGACUGGCCAAAUCUCCAGAGUGCCAUGGACAGUGGAGAGAGUGGUAUUAUGGUUUAAACAACGAUUCUUUGGAGGAAAGGUUAUUUGUCAGUGAAGAAAACGUUAAUGAGCUUCUUGAAGAGGUCCUGAGCCCUCCAUUCAAACAGACAAUGCCCCUAACCCCACCAUUAAUUGAAGUUCUUCAGGUUACUGAUAGUAAGAUUGAAAUACAUGCAAAGUUGCAAGAAUGUAGUAACUCUGAGCAGCUUCAUGAGAAGGAAGAAAGAGUCAAUGAAGGAAGUCAUCUAACUGAAAAAGAACGUCUACAGCAUGCUACUACCUCAGCUGAUUCCAAUUCAUCUGUAGCAGUCAAAGUACUAGAAACAGACAGUUGUGGUUCAGUUGCAUGCUUGCAACAAGGGGCCCUUGAUGUUUCUCAAAAGCCGUUUGCAAAGUCUCAGCAACCUGAGUCAAAAAUGGAACCUGAAUUUAUAAAAGACAAAAGUGCUGUUCACUCAAAUGAUGAAAAAGAUAAUUUAAAAGAACCAGUAAUAAAUGAAGAGAAAGAAUUAGAUGGAGAUCACCUAUCUUCAUUACUGAACAAAACUGAAGUUCACAAUACACCUGGUUUUGACAACAUAAAGGAAACCAAUAUGCAAGACGGUCGUGUGCAGAUUAUUAAAGAUCAUGUGACUCAUUGCUCAUUCAGUUUUCAGAAUUCUUUGCUUUAUGACUUGGAUUAAUUCUGUAUCAUCUUAGAAUUUAAAGGCUGAGUAAAAACUUAUGGACUAAAAAUAGACUCUGUUUACUAUCUUAAAACCAAAGGUAUUCAAGAAAGUAUAAAAUUUGCAAUUUUUAUUCUCAUGGGGAAACUGAAGCUAUUUAUUUUUUUUGCAUGUAGAGUUUAUACAAAGCUUCCUUAAUUAUGGAAAUAAGUUUUGUGAUUCCUCUGAUGUAUAUUUUUUCUAAUAGUUAAACAUUUAGUUUUAAUACAACCUAUUUAUAUUUACUUGUGUUGUUUUUGGCUUUUGUUUGCCAUUACUUUAAUAAAAUUUCAAAAUAAAUACUCAUUAAAA